AUGCCUUCCACCACUGCUCAGACCAAGGUUCCCCAGACCUCCACCAAUUUCAACAGCUACUGCGUUGUCAUGUAA